GUCAGGAGGGGUUCCUUGUCCUCUCCGCGGUCUCAUGGGAACCAUGGCUACAGACUGGCUGGGCAGUAUCGUGUCCAUCAACUGCGGGGACAGCUUGGGCGUCUAUCAGGGCAGAGUGUCAGCGGUGGACCAGGUCAGCCAGACCAUUUCCCUCACCAGGCCUUUCCACAAUGGAGUAAAGUGUCUGGUGCCAGAGGUCACCUUCAGGGCAGGUGACAUUACAGAAUUAAAAAUCUUGGAGAUACCGGGUCCUGGAGACAACCACCAUUUUGGGGACCUUCAUCAGACAGAAUCAGGCCUCUCUGGUGUUGGAUACCAAAUGGGUAUCAGCCAGAAUGGCCCAGGCAAGUUGGUCAAGAAGCCAGCCUCUUCCAGCAGUGCGCCCCAGAACAUCCCAAAGAGGACAGACGCCAGGAGCCAGGACAUGGCCGUCUCCCCUCAGCAGCAGUGCUCCAGGAGCUACGUGGACCGGCACGUGGAGUCGCUGAGCCAGGCCAAGAGCUUCCGCCGCCGGCACAACUCGUGGUCAUCUAGUAGCCGACACCCGAGCCAGGCCACGCCGAAGAAAAGCGGCCUGAAGAAUGGCCAGAUGAAGAGCAAGGACGAUGAGUGCUUCGGGGACGACAUCGACGAGAUCCCGGACACGGACUUCGACUUCGAGGGGAACCUGGCCCUGUUCGACAAGGCGGCUGUGUUCGAAGAGAUCGACACGUACGAGCGGCGGGGGGGCGCCCGCGCCCGGGGCGUCCCGAGCGAGAGGCCUGCGCGGUACCGGCACGACGAGAACAUCCUGGAGGCCGAGCCCAUCGUCUACCGCCGCAUCACUGUGCCCCACAACGGCAGCAAGGAGUUCUGCACCGACUCGGGCCUGGUGGUGCCCAGCGUCUCGUACGAGCUGCACAAGAAGCUGCUGUCAGUGGCUGAGAAGCACGGGCUGACGCUGGAGCGGAGGCUGGAGAUGACCGGCGUGUGCGCCAGCCAGAUGGCGCUCACCCUCCUCGGGGGCCCCAACAGGUUGAAUCCUAAGAACGUGCACCAGAGGCCGGCGGUGGCCGUGCUGUGUGGGCCGCACGUGAAGGGCGCUCAGGGCAUCAGCUGCGGGCGGCACCUCGCCAACCACGACGUGCAGGUCAUCCUCUUCCUGCCCAACUUCGUCAAGAUGCUGGAGUCCAUCACCAACGAGCUGUCCCUCUUCAGCAAGACCCAAGGCCAGCAGGUGUCCAGCCUCAAAGAUCUGCCCACCAGCCCCGUGGACCUGGUCAUCAACUGCCUGGACUGCCCCGAGAACGCCUUCCUGCGGGACCAGCCCUGGUACAAGGCGGCUGUGGCCUGGGCCAACCAGAACCGGGCUCCGGUGCUGAGCAUUGACCCGCCGGUGCACGAGCUGGAGCAGGGCAUCGACGCCAAGUGGUCCCUGGCGCUGGGGCUGCCGCUGCCCCUGGGCGAGCGCGCCGGCCGCGUCUACCUGUGCGACAUCGGCAUCCCGCAGCAGGUGUUCCAGGAGGCGGGCAUCAGCUACCACUCGCCCUUCGGCUGCAAGUUUGUCAUCCCGCUACACUCGGCCUAGGGCCCCAGGCCCCACCACGCUCUGCCCGCACUUGCCGGGCUUUGUUUACAGAACAGGCAGCUCUCAGACUGUUUCAGGUUUACAGCCCCCGGCUCCAGUUCGCGCCUUUGGGGCCUGGUGGCAUGGCCCACACCUCAGUGGUGACUCUGUGUCCCCCUCCCCCAACCCCUCCUUGAACCACAGACACUUGACUGGCCACCAGAGGGCACUGCCCCGGUCCCCGCGUCCCUCCCAGCCCCUCCAUCGCUGGACUGGCGCUUGGCCUCGCCUCUGCAGGACUGGGCAUUCUCGUCUUUGCAUUCCAUCACAGGCCGUGUGGGCAGCUGGUGUUGGGGCAGGAGAGAGGACUGCAGCACAGGUGACAUAAACUGUGGUCGAGCCAGUGUGCGCUUGCCUGCAGCUUCCGCUGGGCUGGGCCCAGAUGCUCGGGGUGCAGCUUUUAUAUAGCAGUCUUGGGGAGGGGGGGCCCAGGGGAGCCUGGUGCUUUUGCCCGC